UGUUUUUAUUAAGUUGUUGUGUUUUCAGCCGCUGGCCUCUCAGUUCUUCUUCAUGGUAGUUUCUGCCGUCUGGCUUCUUCUUUCUCUUCUCCUCUGAAAGGUUUGCAGUAGUUUUCUGUCUGCCAGUGUUUGGCGUCGUUAAGGAGGGUUCUGGUUCUGCAACUGGCCCGGUUCUGACCAGCUGCAGGUGAAAAUGCAGCUCCACAGUGAGAGAGCAGCUGUGUGUUUGAGGAAGGACGGCCUCCUGUGAUGAAGUGACACAAUAAAAGCCAGUGAGGUAAUCAGUCCGGAGCGGUUUGUUUCAUUCAGGUUCCUCACUUCCUGGUUGUGAGGUGAGAGAGGAGCUGAAUUAUUAACUGACGGUUAAAGUCAGAGGCAGAACUGAGACGCAGUCAGAGUGAGAGUGAGCUGCUGACCGGAGCUGGCCAUGGACCUGCUGCUGUCGGCCCUGAGGGCCGUGGACCCGGCCGCCGUGGAGCAGGAGUACCAGGUGGUGCGUUCUCAGUCGCUCCAGUUAAAGAAAGAUCACGGUUUGACCACAGAGGUUGGAUCCCUAAAGGACAACGCCAAGAAGAACCGAUACAAGGAUAUCCUACCAUAUGAUCAGACCCGGGUGGUUCUGUCUCUGCAGACUUCAGGCUCCGACUCCGACUACAUCAACGCCAGCUUCGUCCAGGGGGCGUCAGGUGACUGCAGAUACAUCGCCUCCCAGGCGCCCCUCAGUUCCACUCUGACCGACUUCUGGAGGAUGAUCUGGCAGCACAAAAUCAAGGUGAUAGUCAUGGCCUGCAGAGAGAUCGAGAUGGGAAAGAGAAAAUGUGAGUGCUACUGGGCAGCUCCUCAUCAGUCUGCGGCGUUUGGACCUUUCACCGUCACCACGGUGGAGUCGCGGCCCAACCAGGACGUUGUGGUGCGAACCCUGGUGGUCUGCUACCAGCAGGACGUCCACUCACUGGUCCAGUUCCAGUACCUGUCCUGGCCGGACCACGACGUCCCCUAUGAGACAACCGGGAUUCUGGACCUGCUGGACCGAGCCAGGAGCAGCCAAGGAGCCGAGAGCUCACCUAUCCUGGUCCACUGCAGUGCAGGCUGUGGGAGGACAGGAGUCAUCUGCGCUCUGGACUACAUCCACGACCUUGUGGUUACCAAGAAGAUCACCGAGGACUUCAGCGUCCUGGACCUCGUCCUGGAGCUGCGGAGACAGAGACCCUCGGCGGUCCAGACCAAGGACCAGUAUGGGUUCAUCUUCACCGCGGCCGCCAGCAUGUUGGAGCGCUUCCUGCAGACGCCUGAUGACCAGCUCUACAGCAACCUGCCGGAGGUGAAAAAACGAGAGAAGAAAACCUCAGCAGCUGCUUCUUCAUCCGUCAACAGCUCAUCCGCCAUGAAUGACACCUAUGCUGUGGUCAACAAGGCUAAACAGCCACACCGGACCACAUCAGAACCGGCCUACUCCUCCGUGGUCAUCCCCAGGUCCAACCCAGGAAGCAGGUAGAGACGUCCGGUCCAGCACCCAGAACCUCAGACCCAGUCGGUUCUACGGACCUGCAGUCCUCGUACUGUUUGACGAUCCCUGCAGGAUCAGGACUGAGGUUCUGGCCCAGUUGCAGUCAAUGGAUGGAAGUGUCUCCAUGAGGUCUGCAGAGAGUGAAAGAUUAAAGGUCAAUCCUGGUAAACCAGCGACCUCCAGGUCCUCGUUGUCAGGACAAUGUCCUUUGGACCAAUGAAACCAAAGCAGGCCCAGAUUUUUAAAGUUGGGGGCUGCAGUCCUCUAGGGUGCCACCAGGGGUGCUGAGGGAGAACUGAAAUGGAGAAAAGACAAAAAUAAGAGAUUUAAUCCAACAGGUUUUUUAAUCUUACCUAGUCAUUAUAAUGAAAUCUAAGUUUAAAUAGCUGAAAUGUUAUUUUUCCAUUCUGAUUUUUCUGUUUGGCUGCCAGUCUAAUUCUACGGUGGCCCUGAGGUGCAAACCAUUUCAGCAAAUUGAAAGCACAAUUACAAAUUACAAAAGCACUACAACAUUAACAAAACGGAAAGGCUAUGUCCCAGUUAGAGACCUGAGAGAUUGCUGAUUGGAUGACGGUGCUUUUGAACCGGAAGUUAUUGGUUGAAGGUCGGCCCGUUGUUGCAAUGCGUCACAGCGUCCGCCAUAUUGAAAGUGGCCUAUCUGCCAGCAAGCUCAUACAAGUAUAUGGACCAAACUUCGUAAGUUAAUGAAUGUCACUGACACAAUCUCUCUCACACACCAUUAUAUAUAGGAAUGAAAAAUAAAAACCUAAGGACAAUGUUUCAAACUUUUUGAUGUGAUUAUUUAAUUGUUUUGGGGCACAAUUUGAUACAGCUGAUUCUGAUAAAUCAUUUUUAUUGAUGAACUUACACACAUGUACCCCUUUACAGUGAUGUAUUUAUGAACAUAUUAACACAAUUCCAUAAUUCAAUGUGCAUUUGCUAUUUUAAAAUAUGAAUAAAAACGUAACUUCAUUUAAAAUUUUAGGCAUUUUAUUGUAAAGAUUAACUUUGAAAAUAGUUGUCAAACUUUAGCUACAUAUUGUUACUUUUAAAAAUGUUUAUUACAGUGUAAUAUGUCAACUGUGCAGUAGACAGCAUAUAAAAUUUAUUGUGCGGUUCGUCCGUAAAGCUACACUUACCGUGUAAGCAUCAACUACCUAGCCGCUUGCUAUGAGAGGCCAAAACUUACAAACUCUCUUACAUUCACAGUCAAACUCUCUUGCACGUUUUAUCAAACUCUCUGACAGAGU